AUUAGCAAAGCAUACAACUCCUCUAUUUUUUUACUACAAACCUCACUAACUAAAUAACAUUCUCAUUAAAAAGGAGAAAGAGAUUGAGAGAAAGCGGUCGGGCUUAGGGUUUAGUGUUUAGAGAUCGAUGGAUGCAAUUUUGACCUACGUUUUCAUCUGUCUCUGCACCCUUUUGUCAUUUGUAUUUUUCAUGAAAAGGGACAAGAGAGGAGGAGAAGCACCCCAGAAAAGGGCUCAGCUCCCUCCAGGUUCAUUAGGUUGGCCUUAUAUAGGAGAGACCCUUCAGCUCUAUUCUCAAAACCCAAAUACUUUCUUUUCUUCCAAACAGAAAAGGUACGGAGAGAUUUUCAAGACGCAUAUUCUGGGAUGUCCAAGUAUCAUGCUGGCGAGCCCUGAGGCCGCGAAGUUUGUGUUGGUGACUCAAGCUCACUUGUUCAAGCCCACGUAUCCCGAAAGCAAAGAGCGUUUGCUUGGUCCAUCUGCACUGUUUUAUCACCAAGGAGAUUACCAUAUGCGGAUGAGGAAAUUAGUUCAAGGAUCUCUAUCCCUUGAUAUUAUUCGAAAUUUGGUGCCUCAUAUUGAAGGCUUAGCUGUUUCUGCCACAUACUCCUGGGCCACUGGCCAAGUCAUCGACACCUUCCAUGAAAUGAAGAAAUUAUCUUUCGAGGUUGGUAUAAUUGCAAUUUUUGGCAAUUUGGAGGCACAUUACAAAGAAGAGCUCAAGAGGAAUUACACCAUUGUGGACAGAGGCUACAAUUCAUUCCCCACAAACAUUCCGGGCACACCAUACAAAAAGGCUUUGUUGGCAAGGAAAAGACUAAGAGUAAUUUUGGGUGAUAUUAUAUGUGAGAGGAGGGAGAAAAUAUUACUUGGGAAAGAUCUUUUGGGUUGCAUGUUGAACUCAAAAGAUGAAAAGGGUGAAGUCUUAACGGAUGACCAAAUUACUGACAACAUUUUGGGGGUGCUUUUUGCUGCUCAAGACACUACAGCUAGUGUGAUGACCUGGAUUGUCAAGUACCUCCACGAUGACCCCAAACUUUUAGAGGCUGUAAAGGCUGAGCAGAAGGUUAUUCGUGAAGCAAAUGAAGAAGGCCAGCAACCAUUGAGAUGGGCACAGACUAGAAACAUGCCAGUUAGUCACAUGGUUAUUUUAGAGAGUUUGAGAAUGGCAACCAUUAUAUCUUUUGCUUUUAGAGAGGCUGUGGUUGAUGUGGAAUACAAAGGGUACUUGAUUCCAAAAGGUUGGAAAGUGAUGCCUUUGUUCAGGAACAUUCAUCACAAUCCUGAAUUUUUUGCCGACCCUCAGAAAUUCGAUCUCUCUAGAUUCGAGGUUGCACCAAAGCCAAAUACAUUUAUGCCAUUUGGAAGUGGAGUGCAUGCCUGUCCGGGAAACGAGCUUGCAAAGCUGGAAAUGCUGGUUAUGAUGCACCAUUUGGUCACCAAGUUGAAGUGGGAAGUAGUGGGUUCCCAAAGUGAGAUUCAAUAUAGCCCAUUUCCUGUGCCUCUGCAUGGACUCCCAGCAAAAUUUUGGAAACAAUUUGCCUGAGCUGAACUCUCACAACCCUCCCCAAAUUAACUUACCCUCAUAAUUUGUGUGUUUUUUGCCAGCAUCUCCAACCGAUAUGUUAAAGUGAUAUGCAUGGACACAAAAUUGCAAGAAUUGAAGGAGAAAAGCAAUCCAACUAAGUAAUCAAAUCCUCAUAGAUUUGAAGGCACUAAGGGCAAUGUCAAAACUAAAUAUUAUUUUAUUUAUAAUGGUGCUUAUGUUUUUCUUCGAAAACAUAAUAAAGAUGAUAUAAUAUUUUA